AUGCAUCAAACGGCGGUGUCGGCCUCCGGCGUCGGAGGAGUCGGCGUGCGCGGGCUGGUCGACGUCGGCACGGCUUCUGUGCUGGGCGUCGUCGAGGCAUCAGCCGUAGAUGCGGCGGGAGUGGAUGGCAGCGAGGCUGAGGACGACGGCGCGGUGGCGGAGGUGAGGUGGGAGACGUGCAAGGUCAGGAGGGGGGUGUCGGCCACGGACUACAUCCCGUGCCUCGACAACAUCAGGGCAAUCAAGGCACUGCGCUCCAGGCGGCACAUGGAGCACCGGGAGCGCCACUGCCCCGCGCCGCCGCCCAGGUGCCUGGUGCGAAUGCCUGCGGGUUACCGGCUCCCCGUGCCGUGGCCGCGCAGCCGUGACAUGAUUUGGUACAACAAUGUUCCUCACCCAAAACUGGUGGAAUAUAAGAAGGAUCAGAACUGGGUUACAAAGUCUGGUGAUUAUCUUGUUUUCCCUGGAGGUGGAACUCAAUUUAAAGAUGGUGUUGCAAGAUACAUACAGUUUGUAGAACAGAUAAUGCCUACCAUUCAAUGGGGAACACAUACGAGAACUGUCCUGGAUGUUGGAUGUGGUGUCGCCAGCUUUGGUGGAUACCUGCUUGACAGGAAUGUCAUUACUAUGUCAUUGGCCCCUAAAGAUGAGCAUGAAGCUCAGAUACAGUUUGCAUUAGAGCGUGGAAUUCCAGCAUUUCUAGGAGUAAUCGGAACUCAAAAGCUCCCUUUCCCUGAUAAUGCAUUUGAUGUGGUCCAUUGCGCAAGGUGCAGGGUCCAUUGGACAGUUGUAAAAUCUGAAGAUAUUAAUGGAAUUGGUGUUGUUAUAUAUCAAAAACCGACCUCAAAUUCUUGCUACCUUGAGAGGAAAACCGAUGAACCCCACCUGUGUUCCAAGAAAGAUGGAUCACGUUUUCCUUGGUAUGCUCCUCUUGAUAGUUGCAUUUUGCCAUCUGCUGUUUCCAGUUCAGAUGAAACAAGCAAUUCUCCCCUUCUGUGGCCUGAAAGACUUAUCAGAUACGCUAGUCUGCCUGAUGAUUCUGCUACUAUCGAGAAGUUUGAUGCUGAUACUAAGUAUUGGAAACAAGUCAUUUCAGAAGUAUAUUAUAAUGACUUUCCAGUUAAUUGGUCAAGUGUCCGUAAUGUAAUGGACAUGAAUGCUGGUUAUGGAGGGUUUGCAGCAGCACUUGUUGAUAAAGCAUUAUGGGUUAUGAAUGUUGUACCUAUUGGCCAGUCAGAUACUUUGCCAGUAAUUUUUAGCCGAGGUUUGAUUGGGGUAUAUCAUGAUUGGUGCGAAUCUUUCAACACAUACCCAAGAACCUAUGAUGUUCUUCACAUGAGUGAUCUCCUUGGAAGUCUUACAAAGAGGUGUGACAUCCUUGAAGUAGCAGCCGAAGUUGACCGGAUAUUGAGGCCUGGCAGAUGGUUGGUGCUGAAAGACACCAUGUACAUGAUGAAAAAGAUGCGGCCAAUUCUUCGCUCUCUGCACUACGAGACCGUAAUUGUGAAGCGACAAUUCCUUGUCGCCACAAAGAGUUUCUGGCGUCCCCGGUGA